CCAGCUGCAAACACUUUUCUGUCCUUCACAACACCCCUAAAUUAAGAUUCAGUUGCAUGCCUUGUGGCACUAAUAAGCAUAUAGAAGCCUCUGUCUUUUCUGUGGAUGGCCCAAUUUUAGGAGCUUUGCUGAUUGGCCUGAGCCACCCAUAUUUACUGUCAGGUACCAUCAUGUAUCCAGUUUCAACUCAGACAAAAGGUCAGCUGCUCCCUUUGGAAGAUGCCCAGUAUGAGGAGCAGGUGGUCAAAGGAGUGCGCGAUCGCUCCGUGCGGCUCUUGUGUGGUGACGUGGUCCUGCCCAUGGUCAUCUUCUGGAGUUUCACGAAGCUGGGCUCCCUCAUUCCCAGGGCUGUUGCCAUCAGCAACGGCCUAGAAUCCAAGGUGGAGAAGGCGGCUGCAGUGUUGGGGGACGUGACCUUGAAGAACAGCACCUUGGAGAUCGAGAACCUGCAAAUGGCAGCGGAAGGGCGGUUCAUGUGCCAGGCACUGUAUGAGGAAGAUGAAGAGAUCAAAGCAGUUUAUUUCUAUAUUGAACUCAUUGUCUUGGUUCCUGUUUCCAAGCCCUUACUCCAGAUGAACAAUUCGACUCCUGUGGAAGGUAUGUCUGUACUGAUGAUGUGCAUCGUGAAAGAAGGGACACCCCCUGUCGAAUAUUCCUGGCAGCGCCACACUAACCGAGAUGGCAUGGUGAAUGUCACAGAAGCUGUGGAUGAUCUCGUCAAUAUCACAUCAGCUAACAGGACUCAGAUGGGGUGGUAUACCUGCACUGCCCAAAACGAGGUCAAUAGCCAAACCAGCGACAGUAUGUACCUUGAUGUCAUCUAUGGGCCUGACGAGCCAGUGAUCAGUGUGGAGCCAUUUGCCAUUAACCAACAUGGCUUCUCAGCCAACGAACAGGAAGAAGUGAUCAUGACCUGCCUGGCUCCUUCUAACCCGCCUAGCCACUACAUUUGGUUCUACAACAGCUCCCAAGUCUACUCUGGCCAAAAAUAUGUGAUCACCAGGAUCUUACGAACUCAGACAGGCACCUAUACCUGCCUGGCCCAGAACACUCAUUUGAACACACGUACUCAGACCACAAUCGUCUUGACGGUCUAUUAUCUGCCCCAAGGGAAGCUCAGCUGUAUGCCGUUGCCGGCCGCCAAUUUUCGAGACCUCGCUCUGCACUGUUCGUGGCAAGGUGGGUUCCCCCUGGUGCAGCUGCAGUGGGUGAAAUCCAAAGAGGACAGAAACAGCACGGCAACCACUUCCAAUGCCACCCUAAUCCUGCGGGGUGUGGAUGUUCGGAAUGGGAGCUCGUACACAUGUCUUGCCUCCCAUCCAGGGCUUAGAGAGGACGCUGUAUGCCGGACAACUGUGUGGGUUCCUGGUGGGAGCCCCUCCUGUUCGGCAGUGGCAACAAAGCAAAAUGAGUACCUCAUGAUGACCUGCGACUGGCCAGGAGGACUUCCCCGGAUGACGCUCUGGUGGCGAGAUUGGCGGGAACAUGUGCUGGGAGUCCUGAAACAAUCCCACAACAUCCUAGUCCUGAAAUCUAACCGCACCCUUGGAGGCAAGAAGUUCACCUGUAUGGCAGCCCACCCGCUCCGGGCAAAAGCUGCUCAGUGCUAUGUCCGGUUGGAACCUCCCAAGCUUGUGGUAGAGAGAGCCAAAAUGUCACUCUUUGAAGGCAGUGAGGUUCAACUUUCGUGCCUCCUCCAAGGAGCUUACCUGGGCUCAGAAGUCUUCUGGUAUAACAACAAGAAUCAAGUCAUUCGACCAGAUGCUCAGAAAUACAAGUUGCAGCAAGAGAAUGCUUGGUUUAACUUGACACUCCAGGAUACGGAAUGGAUGAGGGACAGUGGAACCUACCGCUGUGCUGCCCUGAAUGCUGUGGGCAAUGCCUCUGCCACCAUCAGCCUCCAGGUGAAAAAAUACCCAACCCCUCCUAAUGUGACAAUUAGCAAGUUGAUGUAUAAUCGCCAUCGCACGGAAGUGGAAGUGGAGUGGCAGACUGAGGGCCCGGGUAACCUGACGGGAUUUCUGGUCCAGCGGACGGAAGCCAAGAAGGCCCCCAAGAGGCAGGCAAUCACCAUUUGGGAAACAGCUGUCAGUGAUAUCGACCCUAAUGUCCGUGUCCAGAAACUUGGAGGGCUCGAUCCUUCAGUGGUGUAUGCCUUCCGGAUCCUGGCUGUCAACCACCGAACCAGGGGCCACCCCUCUGAAGUAAAGACACCAGCCGACCCUCCAUUCAAUGCCUACCCUGCUGUGAUUGGUGCAGCGGUGGCAGGAAUGAUCGUGGCAACUGUGGCAUCUCUGCUGGGGUUUCAGUACAUCAUUCGGAACCGGGAGAACAACCCAACAUGA